AUGGAUAUAACUAGUCGGACUUAUGCGUCUAAUUUGAUGAAUUCAUUAUUUAGACUGUAUAAAUUUAACUUGAUCGAUAUAAUUCUUUUGAAUGGUAACUGUUUAACGGCUUUCAGACAAUGUAUUCAUUUAUUUAUUAUCUCAGAUGUCAGUGAUACUUCUCAGGACGCAAAUGUAUACUCUGUAAAUUCUGUCAUUUCUCAUCCUCAUCUCUCAUUAAUCAUCAGUGCCCAUGAUGAUCGUCAAAUUCGAUUUUGGGAUUCGUUAAGUGGCAAAUGUGUUCAUUCAUUGACUGCUCAUUUGGAUUCAGUAACAACACUCAGUUUGAAUUCGAAAGGAACAUUAUUACUCUCAGCAAGUCAUGACUGUUCCAUACGAAUAUGGGAUAUCAAUACAAAAUUGUGCAUUCAAGAAAUUACAGGUCAUAGGAAAAAAUUCGGUGAAGCUAUCAAUGCAGUUGCAUUUCAUCCAACACAACAUUUUAUGGCUAGUGCUGGAUCUGAUGCAUUGGCCAAAGUAUACGUUUAA